AUACAUAUCAAUAAUUAUAAUAGUCUAAUACAUAGUUUUUGUUGGUAUAUUUAUUUGUUGAAAAUGCCUCCACUCAAAUUUUGUAACUAAUGAUUUUUUAUUGUUUUUAUUUAUUAGAAUACAUUGAAAUAUCAUAACUUUACUUGUAAAACUAUCGUAAAAUACAUUUCUGUAGUUAUUUUGUCCCAAUAUUCUAUAGUUUUUUUUAUAAAAUUGAUUCUAAAUGCCUCUCAAAAUGGUCGCACACAUAUAAAUUUAUCAUCUUGAAUGUGUGAGUGUCAGAAGAGAGUGGGGCUGAGUGUCUGGAUAUGGGGUGUUAUUCUUUUUCAGAUGAAGUAUUUUUCCCGAUUUAAAAAAAGGAGGUUAUCAUUUUUUUUACUGUGCACAAAUAAAACACAUUGCAUUUUUUUUACAGAAACUAACAUAUAUCCAACAAUAAUGUCUGACCAAGAGAUGUCUGUGCCGCUGUAUCGGUGCAGGGCCACUCCUGAUGGGCAGUUAGAGCUGACGGGGAGCCCGCCGACGAUGACAUCGAUAAAUUUAGAGGUCGGGGCUGCAAGUACAUCUGGAGUGGCGGCUAGUUCACCCUCAACGGCUCAGGGCCGGUGCAUUUUGGAGGCUCGACAUUCGCUGCUGCAGGACGAUGAUAUUGUCCUGCUACUAGCAGAUUCGGGCAGCGAAGGCGAGUCGGAUGCAGACCAGUCCGACGAGGACACUGAGGAGGCAACUCAAAUGCCGACGAGGGCAAUAACCCACCGCUUGCGUCACGAAGUAAUUGCUAGAACGGAAGGUCUUGCAAUAGAGCAUGAAUUUGAUGUGGAUGAUUUUAUUCCAGACGAAUGUGUGAUGGAUGAGUCGGUGGUAGUGCCAGAGGAUUUGAAUGUGUUGGGGGGGCAUGAACCUGUUGACGUAGGUGAAGUAUUUCAGUGGGCGGAAGACUUCAAUAGUUUUACCGGCCAACAAGAAACUUACUUACGUCAACCUGGGCCAGCAUUUAUUUCUAAUGACCCUACAGAGAUAUUUUUGAAGAUUUGGGACGUGGACGUUAUGGGUCUCAUAGCGUCAGAGACAAAUAAAUACGCAAGGCUAAAUAUUGAACAAUAUAGCAAUCGUCCCACCGUUCCCAAGUAUUUGGGGCAAUGGGCUGAUGUCACUAUAGACGAUUUGUAUAAGUAUUUCGCCUUACUGAUUAUUUAUUCGUCAUACAAUAAAGUUCUAGAAAUUUUUCUUUUAUAUAAAUUUUUAAAAUAAUUGUACUUACUGGUUAUAAAUUUCUAUAAAUAUUAUUAUUUCAUUGUUGUAUGUCUAUUAGUCAUAUUAUAAUAAAGCUCUAGAAAUAU